UCGCGCGGCUCGAUUCUUGUCUCGCUUCGUUGCUGCUGCUGCUGCUGCUUCUCGGAUCUUCACCGGUGCUUCACCGGUACGAAGACGAGAAACCAAAGCUCUGAUUCCCAUGGUGUCGAUUGCAUCCGUUUCGGCCCUCGCCAUGCUUCGAGGCGACCAAAACGACGUCUCCGCCGCCGCUCGUUCCCGGAGGUUGGGACUGAGACCGCGCGACUCAAGCAGCACCGCUAAGUUCUCGCUCUCGACAGCGACGGGCUUUGCCAGUGGCGUGGGAGCUCCACGUGCCUCCGUGGCGGAGGUGGUGACGGCUGAGAGAGAAGGGGAAGAAAAAGAGAAAGAGAGAGGCGGAGUGUUGAGAGUUGGCGUCGUUUGCGGAGGUCCUUCUGCGGAGCGCGGGAUUUCUCUCAACUCCGCGAGAUCAGUUCUCGAUCACAUACAGGGAGAUGAUUUGCACGUCAGCUGCUAUUAUAUUGAUUCUAAUAUAAAUGCGUACGCGAUAUCUUCUGCUCAGAUGUACUCAAACACUCCAGCAGAUUUUGAUUUUAAACUUGAAAGCCUUGCCCAAGGUUUCCAGUGUUUGUCUGAUUUUGCAGAACAUUUAGUUGCCUCUGUGGACAUAGUAUUCCCUGUUAUACACGGUCAGUUUGGUGAAGAUGGCGGCAUUCAGGAGCUAUUGGAAAAAUAUAAUAUUCCUUUUGUUGGCACCGGAUCAAGUGCAUGUCGUCAAGCGUUUGACAAAUAUAAUGCCUCAUUGGAGCUCAGCAGACGAGGAUUUGUCACAGUACCUAGUUAUCUAGUUCAGAGCGGUGAAGAAAAUGAAUCUGAACUUUCAAAGUGGUUUGCAAUUAAUCAGCUGGACUCUAAUUCAGGAAAAGUUGUGGUAAAACCAACAAGAGCAGGUUCUAGCAUUGGCGUUAAAGUUGCAUAUGGUGUGGCUGAUUCACUUGAGAAGGCUACCACAAUUGUAUCAGAGGGAAUCGAUGACAAAGUCCUUGUUGAAGUAUUUCUUGAAGGAGGGAGUGAGUUUACGGCCAUUGUCCUUGAUGUGGGGUCUGGUUUAGAUUGCCAUCCUGUUGUACUGCUGCCAACUGAGGUCGAGCUUCAAUUCCAUGAUAGAGUUGAUGUUAAAGAGAAGGAUGCAAUUUUCAAUUACCGAAGGAAAUAUCUCCCAACACAGCAGGUCGCUUAUCAUACUCCACCUCAAUUUCCCAUAGAUGUUAUUGAAACUAUUCGAGAGGGAGCAUCUUUAUUGUUUCAACAGCUUGGUUUGCGUGAUUUUGCACGAAUUGAUGGUUGGUUUUUGCCUGAUUCUUUUCACAUGUUAUCGUCGCCAGAAAAUAGAUUUGGGAAGACUGAAUUGGGUACAGUAGUAUUUACCGACAUCAACCUGAUUAGCGGAAUGGAGCAGACCAGCUUCUUAUUUCAACAAGCUUCCAAGGUUGGAUUUUCUCAUUCAAACAUUCUUUGGAGCAUAAUCUACCGUGCCUGUUCACGGGUUCCCAAGCUUGCAUCUUUAAGUAGUGUAUCAGGUCAUUUGCCGAAAAGAUCGACAUCCUCCCCACUUAGUGAGGUGGCUCCGAAACUUGGAGGCGUUCAGAAGGUUUUUGUCAUUUUUGGAGGAGACACAUCAGAGCGGCAAGUAUCUCUUAUGAGUGGCACAAAUGUUUGGCUCAAUUUGCAAGCUUUUGAUGAUCUUGAAGUAAUUCCAUGUUUGCUUGCUCCUACGUUUGGACACGAGUCUGGCACAAAUUCAAACCAAGAGGAAGUUGAUGUGAGCUCCAAGACAGUUUGGUCAUUACCUUAUUCGCUUGUUCUGAGACACACAACAGAAGAAGUUCUUGCUGCAUGCAUCGAAGCCGUUGAACCAGCACGGGUUGCAUUUACAUCUCACUUACGCAACAAAGUGAUGAAUGACCUUAUCGAAGGUCUAAAGGCAAAUAGUUGGUUUAAAGGGUUUGAUAUUGAUGAUGUCCCACCCGUGAGAUUUUCGUUGGAGCAGUGGAUCAAACAAGCGAAGGAACUUCAAGCUACAGUGUUUAUUGCAGUGCACGGAGGCAUUGGUGAAGAUGGUACACUUCAGUCUUUGUUGCAGGCUGAAGGAGUUCCUUAUACAGGUCCUGGUGUGAUGGCAUCAAAGACUUGUAUGGACAAAGUUGCUACAUCCCUUUCUCUUAGCCAUCUUGCUAACUCUGGAGUUUUUACGAUAAAAAAAGAUGUGCGGAAAAAGAAGGAUCUCCUGGGUGUGCCUUUACUAGAUAUAUGGAAUGACUUGACCUCAAAGUUAAAGUGUGAAACAGUUUGUGUUAAACCAGCAAGAGAUGGAUGCUCAACAGGGGUUGCAAGAUUAUGCUGUGUUGAAGAUCUUUCGGUGUAUGUCGAAGCAUUAAAGAACAAUCUUCUAAGGAUUCCCCCCAAUAGUUUGUCGAAGGCACAUGGAAUGAUUGAGAUGCCAAAUCCCCCUCCAGAGAUUUUGAUCUUUGAACCUUUUAUUGAAACCGAUGAGAUAAUUGUUUCAUCCAAGUCUGCUGAUGAAUAUGGGCAUCAACUCAGAUGGAAAGGACAGAGUAGAUGGGUGGAAAUAACUGUUGGUGUUGUAGGAAAACGCGGAUCUAUGAGCUCUUUGAGUCCUAGCAUCACUGUCAAGGAAAGUGGUGAUAUUUUAUCACUCGAGGAGAAGUUUCAAGGUGGCACUGGCAUCAAUCUGACUCCACCUCCACUUUCCAUUAUCAGCAAUGAGGCCUUGGAAAGAUGUAAGAAGAAUAUUGAACUUAUUGCAAAUACUUUGCAACUAGAGGGAUUUUCACGAAUCGAUGCAUUUGUGAACGUAGACAGCGGAGAGGUGUUGAUUAUAGAAGUCAAUACUGUUCCUGGAAUGACACCUUCUACUGUUCUGAUUCAUCAGGCAUUAGCAGAAGAACCGCCGCUAUAUCCUCAGCAAUUCUUUCGUACCCUUCUUAAUUUGGCGGCAGAGAGGUCUUUGUAAUGUUCUUGCCACUGAACUUAAAGUCAUUGCUUUCUUCAAAUGGUUUGGGCUUUUCUCUGAAUUGAACUCAUGAACUUCAUUCCAAGAUUUCUUCUAGUAAAUGUUUUCUUUUUCGAUUGGAAUGAAUAUUCAUUCUUGCUUUUGUAAAGCAGACGUG